AAAUCUGGGUCAUUAUCUCAACCUACUAACUCGUUUUAAAACGUAACUGUUCUUCCUCUGCUCAUCGAAGAAGUUGAAUGCCAUCUCAGUAUGUAGUUGUCAAGAGAAGAAUGCGACAAAUGCUGAAGAAUAAAACAGCUCAGAGCUGAAGUGAAUAUGUGAAAAAAGUACCUUUUUAAUUGUUGAUUCCUUUUAUAUCUUGGUUUUAUGAAAAUGUAUUCUCUAACAGACAAUACAUUCCUCGUUCUGUUAGGAGCUGGAUUAUUUCUUGUGUACAUAUAUUUCAAAAGAGCCUUCACCUACUGGCGCAAAAUGGAAGUACCACAGCUAGAUCCCACAUUUCCGUUCGGAGACAUGGCCUCAGUGAUUUUCCGAAAACAAAAUAUGGGUGAUAAAAUAAAAGAAAUAUACGACAAGAUGAAAGGUCAACGGUAUGCAGGACUAUAUUUUUUUAGCAGGAAGGCGUUUUUACCCCUGGAUCCAAUCAUCAUUAAAGAUAUACUCAACAAAGAUUUCCAGCAUUUUCAUGAUAGAGGAAUUUAUUAUGAUGAAGAAAACGAUCCGUUGAGUGCACAUCUCUUCUCCAUAGCAGGCCCCAAAUGGAAAAACCUUCGUGCAAAACUCACCCCUGCCUACUCCCCCGGGAAACUGAAAUACAUGUUCGGAACUAUCGUCGAAUGCGGCCACGACAUGAUCAACACCCUCGAAGAAAUAGCUAAAAAUGAUGGUGAUGUUGAGAUAAAGGAAAUAUUGGCAAGAUACACUACCGACGUCAUAGGAUCAUGUGCUUUCGGUCUAAAGUGCAAUUGCAUGAGAGAUCCUCAAGCAGAGUUCAGGUUGAUGGGAAAGAGAGCAUUUACACAAACCGUUGGCGAUCUUCUGAAAAUGAUAAUAAUCAGAAGUUUUCCUUCCGUUGCCAAAAUUCUGGGACUGGGCGUAUUUUCUGGUACCGUUACAAAUUUUUUCAGUCGAGUAGUGAAAGAAACAAUCGAAUAUCGCGAGAAAAACAAUGUCAGCAGACCAGACUUUUUGCAGCUGCUCAUUCAAUUGAGGAAAAAUGGACAAAUUGACGACGAAGUUGAUUAUGAUAAGGUGAAACUCCCCAUUGGUAUCGCCUUAACAAUGGAAGAAGCUGCUGCUCAAGCGUUCAUAUUUUUUCUGGCAGGAUUUGAAACGACAUCGACCACAAUCAGCUUUGCUCUAUACGAAAUGGCAUUGAAUGGAAAUAUUCAACAGAAGGCUAGGGAAGAGGUUAACAAACUUUUCGAAAAACACCAAGGAAUUACUUAUGAAUCCGUUAUGGAAAUGAGUUAUCUAGAAAUGGUAAUACUAGGUGAGUUUUUCUAUUCUUUCGUCAAUAAUGUAUUGAAGGACUUUUCGAUUUUUUUCCAUGGUGUAAAAUGUACAAAAACUUACAACAUUCCCGACACAAAAGUUGUUAUAAAACAAGGCCAGUCGGUACUUAUACCGUGCUAUGGACUGCAUAGGGAUGCUGAGUAUUUUCCAGAACCCGAAUUAUUCCAGCCAGAUCGUUUCAAUGAAGAAAACAAAUCUAAAAUAUGGGACUACACAUAUAUGCCGUUCGGAGAUGGCCCAAGAAACUGUAUCGGAAUGCGAUUUGCCAUGAUUCAAGCAAAAAUUGCGUUGUCUCUCACCCUUAGGAACUUCAACUUCAAUUUGAGCAAAAAAACCAAACUACCAUUAAAAAUGGAAACAAAAGGAAUCAUUCUAGCACCCGUGGGUGGAUUAUGGCUAGACUUGAAACCAAACAGUCUUAAGAAGAAUGAAUAACUACAACUACAUAUUUGUAGUAAUCUCCUGACUGUAGUCAGUGAGUUCAAGCAAGGAAUUAUUCGUAGGAUGGAAUAUUCAGAAUUUAAUUACAAAUUGGAUUUCAAUGCCACUUUAUGUGAAUCAUAUUCCAUUUGUAAUAAAAGAAAGUUGUUUUUUG